AUGCAGGUGCCUCGGCCACGCAUCACUGCCCGAUUGCCACCCCGGGGGGGUUUAACAGCCACCCCAGUUUGCCACCCAGGCACUCCGGGCAUUGUGUCAGGAUUGCAGGGGGUGCUGGCGGUGUGGUUGUCCCUCAGCCUGCUGGCAGGGACGGGGGCUGAGGAGAUGUGUGGGGACCCCCCCCCGCUGCCUCCUCCCGCUCCGUCCCCGCUCCCCAGCUCAGCCCUGAGGGAGUGGCUCUCCCCCCACAUCCCCGCGGGCCUGCGCUGUGACGCCUGCCACGCCAUCGCCUUCCAGAUUGAGGAGCAACUGCGCAGGGCAGAGGGGAAGGUGGGCAGGAGGGCACUGAGCGAGUCUGACUACAUGGAGGUGCUGGAGAGAAGCUGCUUCCAGGGCUGGGAGAGCUAUGGGCUGCAGGAGCUGGAUGGGGAGAAGCGGCUGACAGGGCCGGGGCUGCUGAGACAAGAGACCGUGGCCGUGAUGGUGACAGGGGGACCAUGGCCGGGCAGACUGUCCAAGAUGUGCCACAGCUACGUGGGGGAGCAGGGAGAGGCACAGAUCUACAGGGCACACCGGCGGGGCCCGGCUGCCCUGCGGGAGCUGCUCUGCCACGGGGAGAAGGGGCCCUGUGCCAGCGGGAAGGCUGGGGGGCCACCCCCCCCCAAGGCCACGCAGAAUGAGCUGUAGCCCUGGCAACAGUUAAUGCUUAAUGCCCCAACGACCCUUCGGAGCCGACUUCGUCCCCAGCGGGAGCCAACACGUGCCGGGACGUUGGGCGCCUUCCUGGUAUCACCCAUCACCAGUGUCACACUUGACACCCAGCCCCGCCAUGCCAGGGAUGAUGAUGGUGGCAACGGAGUCCCACACCGCCAGACCCCCCCCUCCCUGUGACCCAGGAAUUACUCUGGUAACCCACCGGCUUCUAAUGUUUUUACCAAUGUGGUGCUCCGGCGGGAGCGUCCCAGCCUCGCCAGCGGUGCCAGCCCUAAUUAAAGGAGUUAAUGG